AUGAUAUCCGUGCUUAGGGCGUGCUUCCUUGCAAGAUGGGGGCUGGGCUUGCCCUUGAUCUUCGUGCUUACAGGCUACGUGUCCGCCGCAUACUUCACGUACAGUGAUGUCACGGAGCUUAGUGCAGCUAAUUUUGAUCAACUUGUCGUGAACUCGGAUGGCGUAGCACUGGUUCAUUUCUAUGCACCUGGGAAUCCGCAAUGCAAAAGCCUGGCGUCAAGGAUAAACUCGGUAGCCUCCAAUCUAAAGGGUAUUGCACUCGUGGGUGCUGUGGACUGUACGGACAAGGAAGCCGCCGGCAACCUGUGCCAGCGGUACAACGUCCGAGGCUUCCCGGCCGUCAAGUUGUUCGGACCUGACCGUACGAAGAAUCCGUACACUGGGGAAGUGAUGAAGGAGCCGUCCGAUUACACCGGUGACCGGACCUCCAAGGACCUCAAGGAGGCGGUCACGCGCCUGUUGACUGACGUACACAUCACACGAGUACGGAGUACUGCGGAUCUGGAGCAAAUGAGGGCCGCGGCGGAGGCGGCGGGCAAACCGCAGGUGUUGUUAUUCACUGACAAGGAGGCGGCGACCCCCGUGUACAAGGGCCUGUCCAUGCAGCUGAGGAGGGGGCUGGCGUUCGGGAUGGUGGUGGUGGCGGCGGGGGAUGAAGGGGGUCCCGCUGCGGAGCGUGAGGGGGUGCUGAGGAAGUUCGGGGUGGAGAGCCUCCCUUCGUUGCUGGUGGUAAAGGCCGGGGGCGCUGUGGAAACGUACACGGGCGAGAACAAGGCGCCGGCGCUUGGGGAGUUCCUGAUGGGUUUCAUGAGCUCGGAAGCCCUGGGGGCGGGGGGAGGUUCUGCAGGCGCUGACGGCGAAGGGCCCGACGGCAGCGGCAAGGCGACCGCCUGGUCAUUUGUACGGCAGGUGGAUAGUCUCAUCGCUGACCUGCCCUCCCUGGAGGCGCGGGAGGACAUGACCCUGCUGGCGGUGCAUGGAGCGGACGGUGAGGAGGGCUGCCAGGUCGCCCGGGAGACUUUCCUGGCCGCCGCGGGUGAGAUGCAGGAGGCCGAGCAGGCCGACUGGACUGAGCGCAACGGAGCCCCUUACCCGACCUGCCCUGACCCGACCCCUCCUGCGGUAGUGGACACAUGGUUGGCUUCCGUGCCCCCCGAGGACCUGGCACCCGGCUCGAAGGGGGCGGCGGCAUUGAGCCGCAUCGGGGUGGAGGUGAAGGAGCUGGCGGAGAACCCGUGCGAGCUGCAGGUAGUGUUGCUGCCCUUUGGUAAGGGCAAGGCGGAUAUCCAGCUUAGAUACACGGGGCCCCCCGACGGCAAGGAGCUGCAGCGGUGGGUCACCGCAGAGCUGCCCCCCGAGGCGCACCGCGUGGUGCAGCUGACAGAUGACGUCACCUCGGACUUCCUCACUACCGACCCGUCCGAGGGGAAGAUGGGGGUGGCGCCAAAGGCAGAUCUCUCUCACUACAACCGGGACCGUCAAUCAUCAUGGGGGGUGCUGCUGUUCACCAACCGGGAUGAGGUCCCCGGUGUGUACAAGGCCCUGGCAGUGGCGCUGAGGGACCGAGCGAACAUGGCGUUUGGAUGGGUGCAGGCAAACAGCCCCGCCGCCCGCUCGACCAUCAACUCCUUCAAACCUCCACGGGUGCCUGCACUACUUGUCGUACUGCCCACCAUUGUGCCGGGUGAUGAAGAUGCUGAGGGAAGUGGCGGUGGGGGUGGUCCCCGGGUUAGUUUCGGCAUGCAGCCGUACUUCGGUCCGCUCAAGUACGGCCCCAUGAGGGCCUUUCUGGAGCAGCUGGCCGAACAGAUAGAGGCAUCUGCGGGUGUGGUGACCGACCCCGGGGUGAUUGAGAAGACGUUGCCGCAGAUCACCAACCAGGCUGAGUUCCAGUCGUACUGUACGGAGCCCGCGGGUAUGUGCCUACUGGCGCUGCUGGACAGGACAGCGCCGGGAUUUGAGGACGAGCGCAAGCACCUGUUGGCCGCGGCCUCGUUCGGGGUGCUGUCCAGCGACCUGCCCGUGCUGGUGGCGCUGUCCACACGCAGGAUGAGGUUCGGAGUACUGCACUCGCGAGAGGCGGAGAGCUCCCGGGGGUCCCCCCGUCUCCGUCCCGAGCUGGUGUCCCGCUUCAUCACAGACGUGCUGAGUGCCAAGAUCAGGACACAGCCGCUGCAGGACCUGCCGGAGAUCCGCAAGGGUGACACCUCCUCCGACCAUGCUGCCGCCAGGGACACAGGGCGGGCGGCUGCACCUGAAGAACCGGCUGCCGGUGCCGGUGCCGUGGAGGAGGAGUUUGACCUUAACGACAUCUUGUCUGAGGAGGUGGAGGGCGGUGCGGGGCUCGGGGGGACUAAGGCGGAGAGACUGCAGGAAAUUGAGGAGCAGCUCAAGGCGGAGGAGGAGGCUCGUAGGGCGGCUGAGAAGGCCAAGAAGAGCAGUAGCAAGAAAAAGAAAAAGAAGGGUGGCAAGAAGAGCAACAAGAGCAAGGAGGAACUAUGAAGGACGAGAUGAUAACCUUACCGCAUCUGCGGGCCCUGAUCUGUUUUGUUCUUGCGGGAAGGAGGGGAUGUGUGCGUACCGGGGAAUGAGGUAUGCACGUGGGCAGGGCGGGGCAGGG